AUGAUUGGCAAUGAGGGUGCUCAAUUCUACGAGAAAAUGCUGGAUGAGGAGCCGCGCAAAAUUUGGACGACUGGAGGCGCAGUGGUGAGACCGGACAAGACGCAGGUGGUGCCGGAACAGCCAACAUAUUGCGUGGUACGCUCGGCGCAAGGUGCAAUCAUCAAGAAAUGCCCCUCAUGUUGCAUCGAACAUGCGAUGAGUACACCACGAAUGCAGUACUGGACCCUCACAGAAUGCAAUGUUUUGGGGAUACAUGGGACGAAAGUUGGUUGUGGCUCAAUCAUCAACGAUCAUAUAUUGUAUCAGUUGCUAACAAGGCUAUUUGAGAAACAUUCGAACAUCGGUAAGUUCAAGUGA